CACAGCGCGCGCCGUUUCGGGCCCCGCGUGUCAACUAGAGAAAGCGUUCUCGAAGGAAACGGCCCUGCACGGGAGCUGAGCCAUGUUCGGGUCCUUCUAGCGUCCGGUGCACCGGAGAUCCGAACAAGCUUCCGUGUACGGGAGCACCAGCGACGUGCGGGAACCAGGAAACGUCACUCUGGCCCUGGCACAUUGUGCGCCGGCAAGUAGGACGACGAAAUGUACUACGCGUCAAGCGAGACAGUUAGCGGGGCCGCCGACAAACCCUGGAAUGAAAACAUUGAGGGCGUGUCGCUUGUAGGACCCACGGACACCCUAUGCGCGACCGCCGCCCGCCGCCGCAACCGGCAGCGCAACGGCGCCAAGGUCCGCAAGUUAACCCCGAUACCACAGAAACAAGGCAGCCGCUACCGGCCGGUGCGCGUCAUCGAGGCUGAGGUCAUGGCGAGCGUGUCCGAGGAAGACGAGCAACCAUUCACUGAACUUGCCCAGGUCCGGUGGUCACCAGUCUCGCCUUCGUCGCAACGCGGCCAUCAGCACUACUACGAGAGCACUCCUGUCGCCGGCCUCACUUCGUCGCGCAAGGUGCAGUACUGCCGCAGACCAGAAGUGCACGAGUACACGAAGGAGAGCAGCGGUUCCUACGUGGGCGCACGUCUCGAUUGCAAGAUCCACGCUGACGGCACCAUUGUGAACUUGGGCCCAGACCAGGCUGCCAGCUUGCUCGCUGCCAGAGCUGGCGACGUUGGCAAGGCUGCAGACUUCGGGCUCAGCAACGCCGCAAUGAUGGCAGCAGGCACGCGAGCUGCAGCAGCCGCCUUCGACGCAGUUGCCUGCAGCCCACCAAGAGAAAGCAACAUCAUCACGGUCUUGGAACAGACCAAAGGAGGUCAGCAACAGCAAGUCCUUCAGGUCAUAGAAGACUGCAGUUGCUUUGACCAGGAGUCAAAGGCCGAACCUUCGCCACAACCGCAGGUACAGACUUCUCCCUGCAGAGAGUGCUUGGACGAAAUGCUUUACUACGGCCACGAACACGAUCGAGCAGUGAGCAACACCAGCGGUGCGAAAUCACCAGCACAAGUCCGCGUUAUGCAAGAGGCGGCGCUUUACGAGACCAACGAUGACCGCUUUAGAUCUGUGCAGGUGAAGCAAGAGCAUAUCCAUGGAAUGGUCCAGGAAGAGGCCCGCGCCACGCCGAUGCCACGAAGCAUUGAAUCGAAUCAUGGAGCCGCUGCUGAGCCGGCCAUACGCAUAAUCCAUGAAGAGCGUCUUAUUGACCCAAAUUCACCCCAAAUGAAACAAGAGCCAAGUGCAGUGCGUGUUCAAACGCCAAAAGAAGCGCUUUCGGCAACGGCAGCUGCAGCACCAGGUGCCACUGGAAAAGAGGAACCUAGACAUGAAGCUGUCAUGGAUCCUUCCAUCGUUCCAGUCAAAUCUCUGAGCGGCGUGCACAUCAUUCAAGACUUUCCCAAGUUCGACGUUCCAGCGUCAGUGCGCAUUAUACACAGUACUGCCAGCGCAAACAGUGCCCGACCUUCAAGCGUGCGUCUAGGGCAGGACGUGCUACCCAAGGCUAUUCCAGUUCCUUAUGAACCUUUGCAUGUUCUCAAGGAAGAACGACGAUUUGAAGCGGUAAACCUCAUUAAAGAUGAACGAAGCGAUUCGCACCCGCAGUUGUCAAAACAAGAACGCAAGGGCGAUCACGGUUCGGAAUCUCCCACACAAGGAAAAGAAUCUCGCCCCUCGUCCGGCCGUGAACUUGGGCGCCAACUGUCGCAUAGCCACGUCCACCAUACCUCGUCAAAUAACUCUCGAGCUCUUGUGCCUUAUGAAGAUUGCAUUAAUGAUGAUGACAGGCAAGGACCAAGACGUCCUGGUCGCGAGCCGGGCCGCAGCAUCCACAUCCAGUCACGUCGACGGCCUGCUGGACUGCACAUCAACCUGGAAGGGCCAGAGCUAGCACCUUCGCCGUCCCCCGACAGGACACGGCGUGAAAAAUCCACGCUGGACAAGCUAAGAGAUCGCAAGACUUCCGACCGACACGUGAUCUCUAGAAGCCCGUUUCCCUUCGACCCCCAGUUGAGACCACCGGAAGUACCACCGAUUAACACACGUUCAGCACCCAUGGAGGAAGUGGCUCGUCAUGCAUGGAAACAAUACUCUCGAGAAUACCAGCGCUACUUGAGCAAUCUUGCCGAAUGGAACCAACAGCAGCAGAUGUUGCGAAACCAGCUGGGAAACUUAGGAAGCGACUCAACGGGAGCCGGAAGCGAAGUCGGUCAGUCUUUGGCCAGUCAAAAAGCCGAUAUGGACGAAGAGCCGAUGCACGUCCGCAUCACUUUGUCAGGAAACAGCCUGGGCCGUGGCCGCGCGGGCACCGCACCCGGCCCAUCCAUGUCUCCAAUGGGCUCGCCGAGAGGAGAACUCCCGAGCAAGCACACAGUGUGCACCGAAAGCAUUAGCCUCAUUGAAACUUUCGAGCCACCAGACCCACCACGCUGUAGCAGUCACAUAGAAGCCAAUCGGCAGCGCAAGGCCCGUGCUGCAGAAGAAGCAGAAUUAGAGGCUAGCUUCGAAGAAAGGCCAGACAGACGCGUCCAUAUGACGCCACUCUGCACUGAGCACAUGUCGUACCGUGCUUUCAGCAGCAACUCGCCAAACACGAGACCACCUCCGAAAGCCCCGCCACCGAGAGGCACGCCAAUGUCCCGUCUGGUGCCAGUGAUGCCCAUAACUAAACAUUAUAUGGAACGUAUAGACUUCCCCGACAACUUGGAGCCUCCGCGGCGCCAGAUUCCGACGCGCAAAAUCCGCCGCCACGUGGUUUACCCGGUGUUUCCCCAGCUACAAAUGGGAAUACCGAGGGACUUCCUCGUCUACUUCCUGGUGUCUAUGGCCACAUUGGCCAGCAUAUUCGCAGCCAUUGGUGUGUUCAGCAAGCAUGAGCACAGUCUUAGCGAGCGCGUUACACAGAACGCGCCUGUUGCCGUGCCACUUCCUAAUGGCAGCAACUCCCUCUUCAUAGGUCUCAACCGGCGUGCUAUGCCGAUGAAUAACCUGGAUGUAUGUAAAAACGCUGAUUGCCAGCGAGAGGGGCGCUAUCUGGCAAGUCAGCUGAGCUGGGCGGUAGAACCAUGCUCCGACUUUUACGCAUUCGUCUGCAACAGACCAGGACCAGCGCCUCUGGAGGUGCUUGAACGAAACGCAGCCAGCGAACUGCGACGAAAGUCACCGAAAAAGGAGAUCAUGCCUCUCAAACAGCUCCACGACCGUUGCAUGAAAGUUGACGGCCGCAACUGGAAUCAGCUACAAGCCGCCUUCGCCCUCCUUUCCCUCGAUGGCUGGCCUUUCCAAGACUCGCACAACCUUAGCCACGACCUCAUCUGGGAAGUUGCUGCAGGGUUAGAGCGACGUAUCGGAGUGAGCAGUCUUUUAAGCGUAUCUGUGCAACCGCGGUCAAACGUAGUGGUACUUGCCAAGACAAAAAUCUGGCCAGAAUCCAAAGACAAGCUGAUGGAGGCUCACUUCACAAAAUAUGCCAAAGCGCUUCGUCCAGCAAGUGAAAAUCUCGAAGAACGUGUCGCCGAAGUGCUGAGCUUUGCCAGGAAGUUAGAAUCCCUACAGGACCAUCAGCCAAACGAACGCUCUCGUUCGAACGCGAGUCCCUACAGCCACUUCAUUUCUCUUCUCGGGCUUGGCGAGGACCAGCGAGAGGUCCUAUUCUCCAAGCAACUGGCUUCACAGCUGAAGCAGGAGGUAAAUGGCGUAGCGCCUCACAUUGCGCUCAACUACCAAGGUUUGCUGGCAGCCGAGAAAAUGUCGCCGCUUCUUCCCGAUGCCAGCGCUAGCGAGGAGGGCUGUUGGCGCCUAGUGCAAGAUGCACUGCCGGAGCUAUUCCUUUACGCUGUCUAUCGUAUGAAGAAAUCGGCACUCAAGCAAUCCGCCAACGUCACUGAGAGCAUCAGAAACAAUGUGGUUCUCUACGUGAACUCUGCCUCGUGGAUGGAAGCUACCGUAAGACGACAGGUCGCUGAGCGGCUGCGUGACCUGCGCGUGCUUGCCUUCGUACCUGGCUGGUUCUCGAACGCCGAGCGGGUGCGCACAGAGUUCGCAGGCCUGCCGCAUCCCAGUAUGGACAAUGGGCCAUUGGCAUACGUCGCGCUCAAGGAGCACACCCACGGCCGCCUACUACGUGGAAAAGCAUGGCCCAUACCGCCACACAGCUCACAGUGUGCCUUCGACGACACGCGGCGCACUGUAUAUGUGCCGGUGCUGGCUACCAAUCUGACCAACGUCCAGUCGGCACCGCUCCAGUUGGCGAGGCUGCCUCGGCUGGGCGUGCACCUGGCCGCUUGCCUGAUGCAUGUGGUGACCGCGGAGGCAGCCCAUUGGUGGGGCGAGCGAAGCUUACGAAAGCUGGAGCCACUCCGCAAGUGCGUCGACUCACAAAGCGCCGUCGCUAACCAAUCUUCACGAGACAUUCUCCUAGACCACAUGGCGGCGUUAGCACCCGCGCACAGCGUCUACUCGAGCCGUCUGCGUGAGGGCGGCGCGCGGAACCAGGAGUACCGCCUCAAGCACGCCGAGAACAUUACGACGGAACAGAUGUUCUUCAUUCACUUCGCUAAAGCACAAUGCCACGGCCCUGCCCAACUGGUCAACGUACCCUUGAAGAACUACGAACCCUUCCGCAGAGCCUUUGGCUGCCAUCCGGGGGCGCGCAUGAGUCCAGCCAAGACAUGCCGAUUCUGGACCAGCUGACAAGUCCACUACCCAAGAGAGCUGUGAUGCACCUCUCCUCACCAUUAUUCCCUCGACAAAUAAGCAUCAUGCAUAUUGCCAUCGUUCUCGUGACAUCGGAGCGCAGACGUCUCACCGUGUGCAUCCGCAUGAACCGGUGUGUACAUUUCAGAAGAAGCAGAAAAUAAACUUUAUUAAAAAGAA